AUGGAGUCCGCAGAGGAGGCAGUCGUCGACCUUUUCAGACUCGCUCCGGCGACUCUCGCUGAGCGAGCAGUCGCCAUUCGCCUCAUCUUCUGCGACUCCUUUCAGCGACUCCUUGCGAUCCUUCGCCACCGGCUCGUCAACCGAGUUGCGAAGCUUCAAAAGUUCCUCGCCAUGCUGGUUCGGAGAGCGUGGACGAGCCUCAACCCGCGCAACCCUGGGUUCGUGCUCGGUACGGUCGUCCUCGGUGCGCUCAUCGUCAGGCGAUAUCGCCUGCGAUCGUUCAAGGCGGAGAUGGCUGUGCGACGCAAGUUCUGGGCGAAUCUCAUGGCGACGGCGCUCACGUACGACGAGUGGGCGCACGCCGCGGCGAUGCUCGAGAAGUACCAACCGAGGCGACGGGACUCGGAUUUAUACGACGAGGACCUGCUGCGCGCCAAGCUGGUGGACCUGCGGCGGCGGCGGCUGGAGGGCGGCGUGGAGGGCAUCGUGUUCGCCAUGCGCUCCGACUUGCUGCGCAACCUCGGCAACAUGUGCAACCCGCAGCUGCACCAGGGCCGCCUGCAGAUGCCGCGCCUAAUAGAGGAGUACAUAGACGAGGUGCGCUUCCACCUGCGCGCCGUGUGCGACUCGCACGCCGACGCCUUCCCGCGCGACGCCAAGCUCGCAUUCAUCCACGAAACCCGCCACGCCUUCGGCCGCACAGCGCUCCUCCUCUCGGGCGGCGCAGCCCUGGGCGCGUUCCACCUGGGCGUCGUCCGCACCCUCAUAGAGCACCGCAUGCUCCCGCGCGUGCUAGCAGGCGCGUCUGUGGGGUCGAUUAUCUGCUCGUUCGUGGCCACGCGCUCUGGUUCGGAGCUGCAGGCGUUUUUCGAGGAGAACAUGCAGAGCCUGACGUUCUUUGAGAGCAUGGGGUCGGUGUUUGCGACGGCGCAGCGCCUGCUGGUGCGCGGGGCCAUUGGGGAGAUUGGCGUGCUGCAGCGCCGCCUCAGGCAGCUCAUUGGGGACCUCACCUUCCAGGAAGCAUACGAUCUCUCAGGGCGAGUGCUGGGCAUCCCAGUGUGUUCCAUGCGCCCACAGGAGCCGCACCGUCUGCUGACGUACCUCAGCGCGCCGCACGUGGUGAUCUGGAGCGCGGUCACAGCCUCGUGCGCGUUCCCAGGGCUGUUCGAAGCACAGGAGCUCAUGGCUAAAGAUAGCAGCGGCCGCAUCGUGCCCUUCCACAUGCCCUCCGAGGCGGGGCCGGAGGAGCCAGCAGCGGCGGUGAAGCAGCGGGCGUGGAGGGACGGGAGUCUGGAGAGCGACCUGCCGAUGCAGGAGCUGCGCGAGCAGUUCAACGUGAACCACUUCAUCGUCUCCCAGGCCAACCCCCACAUCGCCCCCCUGCUCCGCCUCAAGGACGCCUGCCGCGUCUACGGAGGGGACUGGGCCGCCAAGUUGGCACAGUUAGCGGAGAUGGAGUUGAAGCACCGGUGUGAGCAGGCGCUGGCCGUGGGGUGGAGGGUGGGCGGGCUGGCCAAGCUCUUUGCGCAGGCAUGGGAGGGCGACAUCACCAUUGUCAUGCACGCCACGCUCGCACAGUUCGCCAAGAUCAUUCAGAACCCCACGCCAUCCGAGCUGCGGGCGGCCAUCCAGCAGGGCCGGCGCGGUACGUGGGAGCGGCUGAGUGCCAUCCGCGCACACUGUGGAGUGGAGCUCAUGCUGGACGAAUGCGUCUCCAUCCUGCACCGCCACCGCCCACCUCCUCCUCCCACCGCUGCCGCUGCUGCUGCCGGGCGCGGCGCCACCCUUGGGCCCGCGCUCUCCCCUGCUGCCCGCACGCUCUCGCACCCGUCGCUGCCGCUCAUGGCUGCUGCGCAUGGUGCAGGAACAGGGGAAGAGCGGGGCAGGGGAGGGGCGCAGGGGGGCGCAGGAGCAGGAGCAGCAGGCACGGUGACAGGGCUUCCAGUGGGCGCAGGGGGAGUAUCAGGGGGGACGACCGCAGGCACGGGUGGGGUGUGGGGAAGCAAUGGUGCAGCGCGUGGGUCGUUCAGGAAGCGUAUCCCCUCGUGGAACCAGUUUGCUCGGGAGAGCUCCUGGGGGUCCCUGGAUGAGGAUGGGGCUGCUGCUGCCGCUGCCCUGCCUGCCGCGGCGGCGGCUGGGACCGGGGUAUCGACGGCGGCGGCGGGGGGUGAGAGCAGCGACAGCGAUGGCGAGAGGGAGCGGGAGAGGGAGAAUGCGAUGUUGGCGUGGAUGCGAGCAGGAGGGCCGCUGCUGCGGACGGCUUCCAGUGGCAGGGUGGUGGGGCUGGAGGAGAGGACAGAAGGUGGUGCAGGAGAAGGGGGGCACAGCCGGGCAGAGCUGGCAGGGAGCGAGGAGAUGGCAGCAGGGAGGGCGGUACAUGGGGAGCAGACUCAUCCCCAGUUCUUCACAGAAGCACACGGUGCUGCCACCAUCACCACCACCACAGCAGCAGCAGCAGCAGCAGCAGCUGCAGGAAUAUCCAGCCUGCCGUCUUCCGCCCCUGGCCUGUACCUGCCCUUUCCUCCCAGCAAUGCUCACCCUGUGCUGUCACCCGCCUCCCCCCCCUUCCAAGGCCACGGGUUCCUCUCCCACCUGCGCUCCCACUUCUACCCCUCUCCCUCCUCCGCCAACCCCACCACUCACUUCCUCUUCGCUCCCACCGCCGCACCUGCUCCUGGACACUUCCACGCACCCUCCUUUUCACCUUCUCCUGGGCCAACAGAUGGUGGAUUCCUCGUGACCAGGGGCAGUGGCGGGGAGGAGGAGGCAGAGGAGGAGCGAGUGGUGGGGCUGGUACUGGAGAGUAGCAUGCAUUGUGCGCCCAGCACUGCUGUCAGGGCUGCUACCAUGCGCUCUGUGCUUGAAGGAGGAGCGGUGCACGCUGGUGGGGGGAGUAGCUUGGGGUUGGGCUUGGAGAUGGGUGUUGGUGUGAGCAUGGGGCAUGGGGGAGGCAUGGCGGGGCAUAUGUUCCGGGCGGGGAGUGCAGGUGCGGUGGGUGUGAGUGAUGUGGCGAUGCAGCCUGCUGCCUCCAGUGCUGCUGCUCCCCUUGCACAUGCUCGUGUGCCACACCACCAACAGCAGCAGCAACAGGAGCAGCAGCAGCAGCAGCAGCAGCAGCAGCAGCAGCAGCAGCAGCAGCAGCAGCAGCAGCAGCAGCAGCAGCAGCAGCAGCAGCAGCAGCAGCAGCAGCAGCAGCAGCAGCAGCAGCAGCAGCAGCAGCAGCAUGGUUUUGAGUGUGGCACCGCUGCCAGCGCCAAUGGCACAGCCAGUGCCAGUGCCAGUGCGGCAGGCAGCCCUACUGCAAUAGGUGUGGGUGGUGGUGAGGAGGGGUUAGGAGAGGAAGAGAACAUGCAGCAGGGGGCGGGUGACGGGGUGGAGGAGCAGGGCACGGAGGAGAAGCAUGUGGUGGAUGGGCAGGCUAUGGGUGCACACUGA